CUUUGUUCUUCAAACAAAGAGUUGACUCCACAGGAUGCCUCAUGGUCACACCCAGUGAGACCAGUCGUCAAGCUUGAUUGGACAGGACUUUUACAGUGACAUGCCCCUCUGUGAUGUCACCAAGCAAACUUCAGGAAAGUUGUGCUCUCUCAUAAGUCUUCCUCUUCGUCCUGAGCUGCCAACAAGCUCAGACCUUUGUUCUUUGCCCCUGAACCAUCAAAGGGGGGCAGCGAUUGCUCACAGACGCUCUCUCUCCUGGACCAUAACUUGCCCUUGCUCACGGCCGGAGCAAACCUGAACCAGAUAAGUUAGUGUGCUUAACACAAGGUUUGCAACUAACUUUCCAGCAACAAGGAGAACCAAGUUGAGUUAGCACUCCAGCGUCUAGCUCUGCAAAGACCCUGAGCAACCGGCUUCCUCAGAUCUGCACCUUCGGAACAAGGACACAACAAAGACUACAGCUCAAACUGCAGCUCUAUCCAGCCUUCCUCUGCCGGCUAACAAAGCAGUACACCACCAAGCGACUCUUUCUUCCAUCCAUUCAACGAUCGCCUCCUGCUGUCUGCGUGAUGUCAGAGCUGAAUGACGGGAAGAGAAGCUUCAGGCGAGGAGGAGAGAGAACAGUGUCGGUCGACGUGAGUUCUUCACAUGAGAAACCAGAUGCCUCAGGGAAACCCAGACCUCACCGCUGCCAGCAGUGGUGAGGUCUUUCAUGUCAGCAAACCACCUGAAGAACCAUCAGCGUGUCCACACAGGAGAGAGACCCUUCUGCUGUGACCUCUGUGGGACAACUUUUACUCGAUUAGGCAACUUAAAAACUCACCAACGAAUCCACACAGGAGAGAAACCAUACCACUGCCAACAGUGUGGGAAGUCUUUCACUCAGUUGGGUACGUUGAAACUCCACCAGCGGCGACACUCGGGGGAGAAACCGUACAGCUGUAAAUACUGUGAGAAGAGCUUCAUUGAUUCCUUUUCCUGUCAGCAACACCAACAUGUGCACACCGGUGACAAACCUUUCCAGUGUCAACUCUGCUCCAAAACUUUUCUCACACGGUACAAUCUGACGCAACACCAGCGGCUCCACACAGGAGGGAAAUUCUACUCCUGUGAGCUGUGUGGGCGGAGUUUCAGUUAUUACACCUCAUACACUGUCCACCAGCGUAUCCACACCGGGGAGAGACCCUACCGCUGUCGCUUUUGUGACAAAACCUUCACGUCAUUGCCCAACCAAGUCUCGCAUGAGCGCACCCAUACAAGAGAGAAACCGUACAGCUGUGACCAGUGUGGGAAGAGUUUUAGCCACAUCUCCUCCUGCCUGCUGCACAAGCGUGUCCACACUGGAGAGAAACCGUACAGCUGUCAGCACUGUAGUAAAACUUUCACAUCGUCAGCCAACCUGUCCAGACAUGUGCGGACUCACACAGGAGAGAAACCGUACUGGUGUGACCGCUGUAAGAAACACUUCACCUUUCCCAGUCAGCUGAAGACACACCGCUGCAUCUGAUUGUCACACUGCCAACAUGUGAUGGACACACAUGGACUCAGAGCUGAUUUAUAGGAAGGAAUAAUUAUAUAAUACCACAGUCACAACACUUUUAAGUCACCCAGUGACUCUCUGUGAACGGCCUAACAUUUUUCUCUGAUGGUUUCUGGACAGAAUCAUGUCAUUUGGUCCCAAUUAUUAGCAUCGUCACAUUUAGUUGAUUGAUUGAUUAGUUGCCCAGUGAAUUAAUUGACAACAAUUCUAAAAAUGAAUUGUCUUUCUUGAGUAAAAUGCUCCGAAUCAGUUCUGCUGGUCGCCAGCUAUCAUUAUGCACGGGAUAACUUGAACUCACAGAUUUUUUUGUUUGUUUUUGUUUAAAAAAAAAAAAAAGGAUAUAACAAAUCUAACAGUCGCGUUUGGAACAAAAACUUAGGUUUAAUUUUUGUUGACCGAGAGGCAAUAUCAGUACGUUUUCGUGACAAUCUAAUCAGAUUACGUCAAUAAGUCGUGCUCAUGAUCUGUGUCUGGAAAAACGUUAUUGAAAAUAGAGUUGUAAUCAGGCCCUCAUAUUCACAGUAAGAAAAAUAAAAGUCUAUAUUUGACACAAGCUUAAAUCAACCAAAGUCUUUUCAGUGUGGUAACAGACAUUUGUGAUUUGAGACCCCACAAUACAUCAUUAUCAUGAUCUGUCAGUCACAACACAUUUUAUCAUUGUGAUUCUAAACAUUUUAUAUAUUACGAUUUAUCACUUUUUUCAAUUGUAGAGUGUCCCCAAAGGAAAACAUUAUAAAAAUGUUUUAUCUGAUAAGAUAAAAUUUUUCAGUCUGUUUAUUUCACUUUAAUUAUUUUAUUGCAGCAGAAUGGAUGUAGUGGACUGAAAAAUCAAUUCUUUUAUUUUCUUGUAAGUUUUUUUUAGGGAUGUCAGUUUUGGUUAUUUUUGUUUUUGAUAACCGGACACCCAGUAACUGGUAACUAACCGGUAUGCAAUGUACUGAUUUUAAGGUAUACUGUGAAAUAAAAGUCUUGAAGGGGGAAAAAAAUCAACUGGACCUGGAGUCAUUAUUUUUAAGGGGAGACUUUUUACACAAACUUCCAUUAACAAAAUGUUUCAGUUAUUGCAAUAAAAAGUUCGUUCAACCAACAGUAACUCUUCUGUUUUUAGUCCUUUAAGGAUCGUUCUGACUGAUAAUAAUAUAUUAGUUUAAUACAGUGAAACUGCAAUAUUUACUGAGACAGUUAUCGUACUGUGAAAAUCUCAUACCGAUGGAAUCCCACUAAGCAGUUAAUUUUAAGACAAAAAAUGAUUUAGAGGAGGUGAAAUUUUAAUGUUUUGUGGUGUAAAUGUUUUGCCCUUUAUUUUCUGUUGUCUUUGUUGACAGACAGCUGGUUAGUCGCCCACUGCCAACCCUCCAGUCUCCACUGGUUAUCCAAUGUUAGCCUUGGCCGCUCUGCACUGUGCACUGGAUGGGUAGAAACUAGCUAGCUGUGCUGCUUAUUCUGCAGUUACUGCUGGUAACACUGUCCAGUCACGAGGACAGUGUUACUGUGGAGACAUUGUGCCUACCCUCAGGUCUGCCCCAGGUCAGGUGAGUAAGCGACUUCAUUUUGAGCCGUAAACCUCCUUUAGCAUUGUUUUCUAUGUUAGCACCACUAGCAGUGCUGACAGUGUUAACAGUGCAAACAUAGUUAGCAAUGCUAAAGGGUGUUUAUGGCUCAAAAUGAAGCCGCUUACUCCUCUGACCUGGGAGAGACCGGAGGGUGGCGCACAGUGUUUCUGCAGCAACACUGUUGGGUCAGGACGUCUUUACUAGUAGUGUUACGGCCUUGAGCCGUUGGCAUUGUUUCUCCACUCUGCGUGUGUGUUCUAUCCCGCUGUGUUGCAGCAGAGUGUCUCCAGCGGGCGUGUCCUACCAGCACCUAGAUGGAUUCCCCGGUGACUGAUUGGUGCGGCGGGUUGGUGCGGGGCUCCGCCAAUCAGAGGGCGACGGUGCGGGGAAAGGAUAUAAAAGGCUGGUGUGCCCUGCAGCCGCUGGCAGACACCUUAGAAGCUCUAUUUGUGUGGUUCAGCUUUCUGUAUAGUGUGAGCGUUAGCUCUUGAUUUGUGUACUGUGAUCGUUAGCUCUUGAUUUGUGUAUUAUCCAGAUUUGGGCCAGGGGUAAGUUCAUCACUGAUUUCGAUCACCUGCACCCACGGUUAGGUUUUUGUCACAUUGUUUAGUAACACUAGGUUUAGGGGUGCUGGUCAUUUGUAUUUUUGUUUUCAUCAUUUCACUAGAGCAGUUUGUUAGGUUUUGUUUUAAGAUUGCCUGAUUUGUUGUUAUUCCCGAUUUAUGUUAAACAAUAGACAGAUAGCUCCAUUUUAUUUUAAGGAGUCCUCUUUCGGUUAUAUUUAUUUGUUGAUUUGACAGCACCUGGCGGCCCUUUUCUGUUGACUUCAUUAUUAAUUUCCAUUUGUCUUUAUAAAUAAACACACUUUAAUUUGCAAUCCUUCCAUCGGGUUGUGCGUGUGUG